AUGUCACAAGAUUUCAACUCACUAUGUAGUGAUUACCUCUUCAAAAUUCUUCUCAUUGGAGAUUCCGGUGUUGGAAAGAGUUGUCUUCUUCUACGGUUUGCAGACGACGUUUUUUCGAAGACAUACAUCACGACAAUUGGUGUUGAUUUUAAAAUUAAAACGAUGAAAAUUGAUGGCAAAAAUGCAAAGCUUCAAAUUUGGGACACUGCUGGACAAGAACGUUUUCGGACCAUUUCUGCUUCAUACUAUCGUGGUUCACAUGGAAUCAUUAUUGUUUACGAUGUGACAGACAUCCAGUCAUUCAAUCAUGUUCGUCAGUGGUUGGGUGAGAUAGAGGGGAACGCCUCUCCUGACGUGAUUAAGAUGCUCAUUGGCAAUAAAGCAGAUAAAGAUGCAGUGAAAAAUGUUCCAACUGAACAAGCCGCUGAAUUUGCAAAACAAGAAGGAAUGAAGUUUUUUGAGACUUCAGCGAAGCAUGCAAUUAAUGUCGAGGAAGCAUUUGUCGAGUUAGCAAAAGAGAUUAAAAUGCAGAUGAAAGACGCACCACAAAUCACAGAGAGCUUAAAUAUCGCAAUCAAGCCAAAAGUUGAGGAGAACUCAACACAAGCACAGUGUUGGUGUAUGUAA